UAGUUCCUCGGACACUCGCGGCGCAAGGCGGGCGGUCGGAUCGGUUUGGGGCUCUAGGUAGGGUUGGAGUGACUGAGCCGGCAGAGUUGGGCACCUGCAGUAAUGGAGCAGCGAAGCUGAGCCCCAGGUUUUUCUCCACUUCCAACCCAACCUUAAUGCCUUGUUAAGAUGUCCUUAACCCUCACUGAAGAACAGAAGAAAAAGAUAGAAGAGAAUCGGCUGAAGGCUCUUGCCCGAAGAGCCGAGAAAUCAGUCCAGCAAAGUAAAAGCAUAGCAUCAGCUCCCCCCUCCAUCCCAGGGACAGUCCACCACUCCAGUCAUGCACAUUCAAGUGGCCCAAAGAGCUUCACAGGAGAGUCUUCUCGUCCGGGCUGCCAUGCUGGUGAUAUCAGUCAGCAGAAUCCCCAUGUCUCACGUACUAAAGUUGAGGCACAGCCUGUUUCCAGAAGUUUUCAUCCUGACGUGCAGGAGACAUCGACAGUGAAGAUCAAUUCAGCCAGGCUGGUCCACAUCUCAAGUCCAGUGGCUUCCAGUAAGACCUUUCCUUCUCUAGCACAGAAUUCUCUAAAGAACACCAGCCAGCAGAAUUCUGGUCAGCUAGCUCAGGGUCAUAUGGGCAUCUCUCACCAGUCCAAGCCCACAAGCCCAAGCAGCCCAAUCCGUGGACCUUUGCGGGAGCCAGGGCACUCACAGGAUUUUCAGGCUGCUGCUUCUGGACUGGCGAAUGACCCAGCUGGACAGUGGCUCACUGGACGCCUCUCCACUCCUCACCCCCAAUGUCAGGAGACCGUUGGACACUGCGGUUCCUUCCAUAAGAACUUUUCUGACUCACGGAAUCAGCCUGAGGAGAAGAACGGGAAACUUCAGCAGGCCUCUCCUAGGAAAGCAUUCAGCCCUUGGGAAGGGAAAUGCUCAAAGAAGGGAGGAGGCCGUUUCCAGGUGGAGAUUGGGUAUAAUUCGGAGCUCCUUGCUGUCUUUAAGAGUCUGCCCAGCAGAAAGUAUGAUCCUUCGACUAAAAUGUGGGAUUUCAGCCUGACAGACUACAAGCCUCUAAUGAAAGCUGUCCAGCACCUUCACACAAUCACAUUGCAGCCCCUGGAAGGCCCUGCCGCCAUUCCUUCAGCUUUGAACUCUUCAGGGUCGGGGCCCACCAAUGAAGUGCCUCCGCAGCAGCUACGACCCCUCGGCAGAGGCCUUGCCAGGAUCCAAGGCCGAUGCGUGCUCAUCUCCCGAACCCGCUUUGAGGCAGACAUUGGCUUUGCCGAAGAUAUGAUUGCUAUAUUCAAGCAGAUGGGCUCCAGGAAUUAUGAUGUGAAAACCAGGCACUGGAAUUUUCAUUUGAAAGAUCACCAAAGACUAAUGGAAGAGCUUCGCCAGCUUCCAGGCAUCCAGCUGGAACCUUUGCCCAAGGUGGUGGUACAGGCUUUUAUGGCUCACCUUGAGAAGACAUCUCUUCGCCCAGAGGAAGUCCCUGAGGUCGACCUCUCUGAGGUGGAUUCAAAACUUGUGUCUAGUUUGAUGCCCUUUCAGAGAACUGGAGUCAAUUUUGCUGUAUCCAGGGAAGGCCGUUUGCUUCUUGCGGAUGACAUGGGUUUGGGGAAGACGAUUCAGGCCAUCUGUAUUGCGGCAUAUUACCGGAAAGAGUGGCCUCUACUAGUUGUCACGCCUUCCUCCGUGCGGUUCACCUGGGAACAGGCCUUCCACCGGUGGCUGCCUUCCCUCAGCCCAGAUAGCACCAACGUGGUAGAGACCGGGAAGGACAGUUUGACAGCUGGCUUGAUCAACAUCGUCAGUUUCGACCUCCUCAGCAAGUUGAAAAAACAACUAAAAACCUCCUUCCAAGUGGUCAUUAUCGACGAAUCGCAUUUCCUGAAGAACAUGAAGACCGCCCGCUGUCGAGCUGCCAUGCCUCUCCUCAAGGCUGCCAAGAGGGUGAUCUUACUGUCUGGGACCCCAGCCAUGUCACGGCCCGCAGAACUCUACACGCAGAUUGUUGCUGUCAAACCAUACUUCUUUCCUCAGUUCCACAAUUUUGCGUUACGCUACUGCGAUGCCAAAAAGUUGCGCUGGGGAUGGGAUUAUUCUGGCUCUUCCAAUCUUGGAGAGUUGAAGCUUCUGCUAGAGGAGUUCGUCAUGCUUCGACGGCUCAAGUCCGAUGUCCUCUCCCAACUCCCAGCCAAGCAACGCAAGAUGGUGGUGGUUGCCCCAGGGCAGAUGGAUGCCAAGACCAGGGCUGUUCUGGCUGCUGCAGCAAAGGAAAUGACCGCAGAAAAGACAAGCAAGUGGCAGCAGAAGGAAGCCCUGCUCCUUUUCUUCAACAGAACAGCAGAAGCGAAAGUUCAGCCUGCCACUCAAUAUAUCCUGGAUUUGUUGGAAAGUGGAAAAGAGAAGCUCCUAGUAUUUGCACAUCACAAGCUAGUCCUGGAUGCCAUCAGCGAUGAGCUGGAGAAAAAGCAAAUUGGCUACAUCCGCAUCGAUGGGGCCACACCCUCGGCUGACCGCCAGGCCUUAUGCCAGCAGUUCCAGCUAUCUAAGCCUUGUGCUGUGGCUGUCCUCUCGAUCACAGCGGCCAACAUGGGGCUCACCUUUUCUGCUGCUGACUUGGUGGUGUUUGCAGAACUCUUCUGGAACCCGGGGGUGUUGAUCCAAGCUGAAGACCGUGUGCAUCGCAUUGGGCAGACCAGCUCAGUGACCAUUCACUACCUGGUAGCAAAAGGAACAGCAGAUGAUUACCUAUGGCCUCUGAUUCAAGAGAAGAUUAAAGUCUUAGGCCAAGCUGGGCUUUCUGAGACCAAAUUUUCAGAACUGACCGAAGCCACUGAUUAUUUUUACAAGGAUCCAAAGCAGAAGACAAUCUAUGACCUCCUUCAGGCAUCCUUCUCGGAAGACUUGGAGGAUGGAGACGAUAUAGAUGAGGCUCUGCUCCUGGAGGCAGUGGAAGUGUGUGAGAGAGGAAGCUCCGCAGAGAGCGUUAUCCAGGAUGGGGCCAACCCCUGGGAAGAGAGCUCACCUAAGAAGAGGCGGAUUACUGACUUUUUUUAAUCAAAAAUGACAAGAAAGCCUUGUCACUUGGCUCUUAGGAAGAAACAGACCUUAAAAGAAAAUCACUGAUUAAAAAAAAAGAACCACAGACACAUUAAAAUAAAGUAAGUUGCCUUCAGUUUUUUUCAACCUGCUUUCACUUCUUCAUUUCAUGGCAGUUUCUGGAUUUUAUUUCUGCUGUUCUGACUAGACAUCAUGAAGGAGUAGAUAAAAUGCUGAGCUGGAUGAGACCUGGGUUCAAAUUCUGCCUCUCACACCUACUGCUGUGUGACCCUAGACAAGUCAUUUAUCUUCUUUGUGGCACAAGCAACUCCUCUCCUAAGACUGAUAUACCAAGACAUAGAUACUUUUGAUCUGUGUUUCUAUACCCAGAACUGAGUAAAUCCCAUAUCACUGUAUUAUUCAUUAUGUGAUCCACAAGGUGGAAAUGGUGUCCAGGGAGUCACCUAGACGUCUGGUUGGGCAAAGAGCAUAUUAAAGCUCAUCUAUUGGAGCCCAGAAAGGGCAGCUAGGUGGCUCAGUGGGUAGAGCACUGGGUUUGGAAUCAGGAAGACCCAUCGUCGUGAGUUCAGAUCCACCAAUAUGACCCUGAGUAAGACACUUAACCUUGUUUGCCUCAGUUUCCUCAUCUGUAAAAUAAGCUGUAGAAGGAAGUAGAAAAACACUCCAGUAUCUCUGCCAAGAAAACCCCAAAUGGGGUCACAGAGAGUCGGACACAACUGAAUGACAACAACCUUAGAGCCCAGGGUGGUUCAAGGAGGAUGAGGACAGAGUACAGGUGGCAUGGUUUGGAAAUGGGUAGUCUUUUUCUUUUAUAUAAUAAACAUUUUUAUUUAAAGUUUUCAGUUCCAAAUUCUAUUCCUACCUCUCCUCCCUGAUU